AUGAGUGACGCCUCCAUUGAAAUUGAAUUGGAAACAUCGCAUGUUAAUGAUGUUUCCCAAACAAAGUCACAAUUAACAGAAAAUUUGAAGUCAUUAGCUGCAGGCGGUGUUGGAGGUGUUUGUGCAGUGUUGACCGGACAUCCUUUUGAUUUGGUGAAAGUCAGAUGUCAAUCAAACCAAGCACGUAGUGCCAUGGAUGCAGUCUCACAUAUUCUACAAGCUGCACGUCAGGCAGCCGGUCCUACUUCUUUGAAUGCAGUGCGUGGGUUUUAUAAAGGUGUGGUCCCUCCAUUAUUGGGUGUUACUCCAAUCUUUGCUGUGUCCUUCUGGGGUUAUGACGUAGGUAAAAAAUUGGUCACGAGUGUGCCCUCUUCGGCGGCUAGUGGUGCCGCAGCAGUGGAACCAGAAUUGACAUUGUCACAGAUGGCAGCAGCAGGGUUCAUCAGUGCAAUUCCUACUACGUUAGUCACUGCACCCACUGAACGUGUUAAAGUUGUCUUACAAACUACUCAGGGUAAAGCUUCGUUUUUGGAUGCUGCCAAACAGAUAGUGCGCACACAGGGUUUCCAAUCUCUAUUCAAGGGUUCUCUAGCGACUUUAUCCCGUGAUGGGCCAGGAAGUGCGUUAUACUUUGCCAGUUAUGAGAUUUGCAAGGAAUAUUUGAAUAAGGCAAGCGGACAUACCUCAGGAGAGUUGUCAAUUACCAACGUUUGUAUCAGUGGUGGUAUGGCAGGUGUUUCUAUGUGGGUAGUAGUGUUCCCCAUUGAUACUGUGAAGACACAAUUACAAUCAUCUUCCAAGCGUCAAUCGAUGCUUGAAGUGACGCGCAUGAUCUACAACACAAGAGGUGGUAUUAAAGGGUUCUUCCCUGGUGUUGGACCUGCCAUUUUGAGAUCAUUCCCAGCUAAUGCGGCCACUUUCUUGGGAGUGGAGUUGACCCAUUCGUUGUUCAAGAAGUUCGAGCAACAAAAAACUAGUUCAAUUUGA